AUGGACACCACCGCGCGGCAGCUGCAGCGGCGAGAUCAAAGCGGUAUUGAUAAGUUUUUGGAUUUGAUAGCGGAUCCGUUUCAAGCUGAGGUCCAAGAAACGUCAAUCUACGCCGCCAUCAUCUAUUCCUUCGUCAUCUCCGGCCUCCUAGUCAUCGUAUUCUGCUUCCUCCGACCGCGCAUCUCACGAGUCUAUGCGCCGCGCGCCAAACAUGCUGACGAGAGACACCGGCCGCGGCCGCUGGACAACAAGCCGUUUGCGUGGGUGAGCGCGGUAAAGGAUGUCAAGGAGCAGGAUCUUGUGGAUACAAUUGGGCUGGACGCGGUGGUAUUCCUACGAUUUAUGCGCAUGACGCGGAAUAUCUUCCUUGUGCUCAUGGCCGUGGGCUGCCUGAUCUUGAUACCCGUGACUGUGGCUGGAGGCGCGAGUUUCUACGACCAGUGGAGUAAUAUCCCCACGUUGAUGAAGUUUACGCCGCAGUAUAUUUUCGGGCGCAAGUUUUGGUGUUUGCAUUCGAGGACUUUGUUGCUCACUCAUGUUCCUCUUUCGUCGCGAACCGAUGCUGGGUUGGUGGAACUCGUCGAAAAAGCGUUGCCGACUGAGAGCAUUCCUCGAACAGUUAUUGGUCGCAAUGUUAAGGACUUGCCAAAAUUGAUCGAAGCGCAUGACGAAGCGGUCCGCGAGCUCGAAAGGCACUUGGCCAAAUACCUACGCAAUCCGAAUCGUUUACCUCUGAAGCGACCUACGUGCAAGGUGGCUAAGGAAGAUGAGAAGGUCUAUGGCAAGGGAAAACAGGACGCCAUCGAUUAUCUCACAAAACGAAUUGCAAGAUUGGAAGUCAGCAUCAAGGAAGUGCGGGAAAGCGUGGAUAUGCGCAACCCAAUGCCUUACGGGUUUGCAUCUUACGACCAUAUCGAAGACGCCCAUGCAUGUGCAUAUGCGAGUAGGAAAAAGGGUCCCGCUGGGUGCGACGUAUACCUAGCACCCAGACCACACGAUCUGCUGUGGCAAAAUCUGGCGAUGACGAGGAACACCCGAAGAAUCCGCGCCUUUUGGGAUGGGUUGUGGAUCGUACUGCUUACCGUUGCGUUUGUCGUACCCAACAUGCUCACGUCAGUAUUCCUAUCCGACUUUUCCCAUCUGGGACUUGUAUGGCCAGCUUUCCAGACGAAUCUAGCGGCGCAUCCAACAGGAUGGGCCAUUGCACAGGGUAUCCUAGCCCCGUUGGUACAGACGCUCAUGUACAUGGGUAUUCCUGUUGUCUUCAGAAGGCUCUUCACCCACUCUGGUGACAUCUCCAAGACGUCAAGAGAGCGACAUGUGACAGCACGGCUCUACUCCUUCUUCGUCUUCAACAAUCUUGUCGUCUUCUCCGUCUUUGGGUCGGCAUGGCGCUUUAUCGCCGGUGUCAUCGCAGCACACGAUCGCGGUGUGUGGGAAGCCAUGCGCGACGGUCACUUGUUCACCAAAGUCAUGGUCGGCCUGUGUAAUGUGUCAACUUUCUGGCUCACUUGGCAGAUGCAGCGAAAUCUAGGCGCUGCCAUCGAUCUCUCACAAGCCUGGGCUCUGUCUUGGAGCUGGUUUCAGCGCAAAUUCUUCUCACCAACACCAAGAGAGCUUAUCGAGCUCUCCGCCCCGCAGCCGUUCCCCUAUGCGGACUAUUACAACAACUACCUGUUCGUGGCCACGGUAGGCAUUUGCAUGGGCACCCUACAGCCGAUCAUCUUCCCUGUAACAGCCUUGUACCUGGCCAUGGAUUGCGUGUUCAAGAAGUACCUGCUCCAGUACGUGUUCGUUACCAAGACCGAGUCCGGGGGCCGCUUCUGGCGUAUGGCUGCGAACCGAUUGCUCUUCGCGGUCUUUUUCGGCAACGCAGUCAUUGCGCUGAUCGUCGGGGCACAGGGUGUUGGAAUGAUUGACUUCAACGUAGCCCAGGCGAGUGCUUGGAACAUGCUCUUUGCCAUGAUACCGCUUCCAUUCCUGCUCUUCGGCUUUAAGUGGUACUGCAAAACGGCUUUUGACGAUAAAUUGGUCUACUACUCCACAGUCCCCUUUUCAGAUGUCGAAGGCGGGCAGGAGUCUUCUGAGCAGCGGCUUCCCAAGCAGAAGAAGAGUAGCAAAGUAUCGUCUCGAUAUGGCCAUCCUGCGCUGUAUAAGAAACUUUUGACACCAAUGGUACACGCAAAGUCGCAACAUCUACUUGAAGAGAUUUAUGCUCACCGCCCGGGCAAUGAGGACAACAGCCAUAAUAUUUUCGACCAACCGGGCCGCCAUUCAACAGAUCGCGCCAUGCCCUCAACACCCGGCUACGACCGUUUUGGCGACUUUGUCACGACCGAGUAUGACGCCCAUGGUGAAGAAGGCGCAAAGCAAAAUCCCAACUCCGCAGGUCUACCGCGCAUGGAACUGGUCACAGAAUCCGAGCUCGACUUUUCCAACUUCAAAAAGCGCGCAGAGUUCCGCGAGCAGUUUGGCGGCGAAGGCGAGUUGUAUGGGCGGGCUGAUGACUUUUCCUCCCGUCCGGGCACGCCAUCCACAUUCACUACCCUGACCGAAAUGGGCCCGUAUGGGCACGCGCGUGUUCCGUCGUCGUCCAGGGCAUCGAGCCGCACACAUCUUGGUACCAAGGAAGAGGAGGGGUUGGAGCUGGAGCAGCUGGACGAACAAGGGACCUCGUAUGCCAGAGGCUAUCGACGGCCGGAUGACGGCUUCGACGAGACGGGUAUCGACGUGGUAGAUCCGGCGACGCCGUUGACUGGUGACGUGCUUUUGCGCAGCAGCGAGGAUGGUUGGCAGCGUUUAGUCGGCCACGUGGAUGCCGAUGCUGAUGGUCGAGGUGCGGGGUAUAGUAAUGUUGCUGAUACGGAUGCUUUCAGAGGGAAGUAG